AUGUUCAACUGGUCAUUGUCCAUUUCGUCUGCAACAUUAAAAUCUGUCAAAUCAUUGUCACCAUCAACAUCAUCAUCAUUUAGUCGAACAUUUGUUGAGAAUAUUACCCGUUCUCCGUUCUAUCAUUCAUUCACAUCACUUGAUAAAACAAAAUUAUGGAGUAAAUUUUAUGUUAAUGAUGAAGAAAAUAUUCAAAAAGUAUUGAAUGCAGUAUCAGUUGAUCAAAAAGUAAUCACAAAUCCUCAUUCAAAUCGACGACGACGUACAGUGAUUGUUACGCGUAAUAAUGAUGAACCAUUUGGUUUUACCAUUCAGACAUAUUUGUUGAAACGUAAUGAUGAUGAUGUACCAUCAAAAGUAACUUAUGUAGAUUACGUCCAACUUGAUAGUCCAGCUGCUGAUGCUGGUAUUCGUGCAGGUGAUGUGAUCAUUUCAAUAAAUGGCCAUAUUGUGACAGGAAUGAGUCAUGAAGAAUUGAUCAAAUUAAUUAGCUCAUAUCAUCAGAUGAGAAUGAUUGUCAUUUUUGAAAAUAUUCGACAACGUAUUGAAUUAGUUGCUCGAGCAAUUAAGCUUCGAAAAAUUCUAAAUGAUAAAUUAUAUCAAUUGAAUUUAAUUGAUAUUGAAGAACAAAAAAUUUUAAACAAAGCCUAUUUACGUUCAUUAUCAAUGAACAAGACAAAAUAUUUACUAACAAAUUCGUUAUCAUCAGCUGGAACAUCGUCCACUUCAUCUGUUAGUUCAGCACCAUCGAAUAUUGGUGGAAUCUCGAAUGAUAUCGAGAGAAGUAUUAUUCAAAUCCCGACAGUUAUAUCAUUAAAUGAUGGAGUAAUUGAAAUCAAUAGAUAUCCGUUAAGGAGACGAACAUUGGAAAGAUCAAAUCUUCAGCAAAUUUCCAAUCCUAAACAGUUGACGAAUUUACAAUCAGAUUCUAAUCAUUCAAAGAUUACCAAUACUGAUAUGGAAUUCUUGACAGUUCAACGAAUUUGCUGUUGUGAAUCUGAUUUGGAAUAUGUUGAUCAUUUCAGUUCAACAUCAUGUGAUACAAGACAAAUUGUUGAUUCUUUUGAUUGUUUUAAUAAUUCCCAUAAUGAUGAUACCGGUAAUGUUAGUAGCAAUAGUUGUAUUGCUGUUGAAAAUGAUGAUAGUGAUAAUGAUGGUGAUAGUGGUAGUAAUUGUGAUAAUGGUACUGCUGUCGGUGAUGAUUAUGCUAGCAUUAGGGAUGAUGUUGAUAAUGAUGAGAUUAAUGUCUUUGAUCCUGUUGUAUUAUCGGAUAGUCUAAAAACAACAACGAUAUCAAUUCCAAUAUCAAAAUCAGUGUUCGAUUCUAUAGCCUUGAAUCAUGUGAUUAUGUUGGAUGAUGAUGUUAUCAGUGAUGAGGAUGACAGUGAUAAUGAUAAAAUAAGGGUUUUCAAAUUAUAGGUGAAGUUUGAUUUGGU